AGACUUCAUCUGUUAAAGCUGGUUGUAUCAAUGCACUCGGUGCUCAUUUUCUCACUUUGUUUAGACAUUUAAAAACAAAGAAUUUGAACCAGGAAGUAAAUGGCGUAAAUUAUCAAGUAAAUUCGCCUGUCAACAGUAUGAAACAUUGACCCGUGACCUCUUCCAGCAGUGCGCUAAACCAGACACAAUCGGAACUCCCAAGUGGUCUAUUGUCGUUUACAGUCAAAUUACAGGAUGGCUGUUAGUACUGAUCACUGAAGCCUGUUUGGGAAUGUGUCGCUGGCUACUAUCAACACAAAUCUGCAAUACAAAGAGAGAAAGAACAGAAAACCAGAGUACAGUACAUAUUGCAGUGUAACCCGUGUACCAGUGACUUAUGUCAGGAUAUAUAACACGGGUAUCGAUGACCCAAGGCAAUGUCUAGUUUCUGUGACCACGAGUGUCACUGGCCUAUUACAAAGGAACAUCACAAGUACCAGUGAGCUAUUGUAGUGUUUGGCUCUAGUAGUAGUACCAGUGAGCUAUUGUAGUGUAUGACACUAGUAGUAGUACCAGUGACCUGUUGUAGUGUAUAACACAAUCCCAGUGAGCUAUUGUAGUCUAUGGCACUAGCAGUAGUAGUACCAGUAAGCUAAUGUAGUGUAUAACACAAGUCCCAGUGAGCUAGUUUAGUGUAUGACACUAGCAGUAUUAGUACUAGUGAGCUAUUGUAGUGUAUGGCAUUAGUAGUAGUAGUACCAGUGAGCUACUGUAGUGUAUGACACAAGUCCCAGUGAGCUAUUGUAUUGUAUGACACUAGUAGUAGUACCAGUGAGCUACUGUAGUGUAUAACACAAGUGCCUAUGAGAUAUUGUAGUGUAUGACACAAGUCCCAGUGAGCUAUUGUAGUGUAUGGCACUAGUAGUAGUAGUAGUACCAGUGAUUUAUUACAGUAGUUCCAAUGACAUAUUGCUGCCUAUCACGCGUACUAAUAACCUAUGGCACUGAAUAACGCGAGUGUCAGUGACAUGUUGAUGCCUAUCACGCAUACCAAUAUCCUAUGACAUUGAAUAACACGAGUGUCAGUGACGUAAACCGAGAGCCAGCCAUACAACGGUGACCGGGCAAUGAAAUAGUUCUUGAUCUGUAUUAGUACAUGUACUAAGAACUGAACAUUCACAUACCACUUUGCAAGUUUGUCUACUUGUAGGACAUCACGUGUUGUGGCGUAAAUAUGGUUUGUAUUCAGCCUAAGGAUGUAAUGCUGUACACGACAGAACAUUUUAGACAGGAGUUCUUGACGGUUUGCUUUUUAAUAUAAACCAGAAGAUAUGAUAAUUUUGUUCUUAUAUUGCAGUAUCUAUUAGUAAUAUUAUAUGUGAUGGACAUUCUGUUUUACAAAUAUAGGUACUAAAUAAUAUAUGAUAUAUGUUAUAUUAUUAAAUUAGGUAUACUUCAUGAAUAUUCCUGUAUUUCCAUAACACCUUAAUAAUGGGAAGAUCUUUCUGCUGUAUGAAAUUGUACGGCAUCAGAAUCACAAGGCGAUUCAAGGUGCUACUACUAUUCAUUCUAGUGGGCGCCCUGCCGUUGCUGAGGCUGUUGCUGCCUGCACCGUUGCAGCAAGCAGACAGCUAUUAUGUGUUCCGAUUAUUCAUGGAAAAACAGGAAUUUCCAAUAGAGGAUGAAAGCACCCGUGUGAACAAUAGGAACAUUUCAGUACAUGUAGAUAAAGACAGGGUUAAGAAUCAUUUGCUAACCAUUGGCUAUUCAUCAGUAAAAAAGGAGUACAAAAACGAUUCACUUAUUAAGUAUUUCGUGCCAAUAAUGUCGGUAACUGAGCGUGUAAAUAUGUUAAGCACGCUGGAGACCUUUGUGAAAGUUUGCGAACGGGAGAAUCUGACCUACUUUCUCUGGGCCGGUACGCUUCUCGGUGCCUACCGACACCAUGGUGUCAUUCCGUGGGAUGAUGACUUGGAUGUUGUCAUGAAUGGUUCUGAGUGGAGGAGAGUUUACAGUGUAUUUUCACGCGUUCAUGGAUACAGACUAUACGCUCCAGGUGACUAUCACUGGAAAUUUUACCAAGAGAAUGUGUUUCCAGUUCCCAAUCAACAGUUUAACUGGCCAUUUCUUGACAUUUUCUUCUUCACAGAUGACUCCACAUAUCUGUGGGCAUUGUCUUCAGUCCUGAAAGUCGAACUGAUCUAUCCAGUGGGCGAUAUCUUUCCACUUCAGUUACGUCCGUUUGAGAACUUCCACGCUGCCGUGCCCUGCAAGAUGGAGGAAAUUCUUAUUCUCUUGUACGAACUAAACAAUUGUCACUCGCCCACUGGUCUGCACAAGUAUGUUAUACCGACCUACUCAGUGCAGAUACCAUGCCAACAGUUAUACAACAUUUUCCCUUUUGUUUUCCGUCAAAAAAACGGAAAUUCAGGGACUAUUAAUGAAACAUUGAAACAAGGGAAUAAAAUACUUAGUUACGUUUCAGUCCCAUACGGAGAAUGUAGUGGGAACACAUGGUAUGUCGUGAACAAUUCAUCUCCGAUGAUUAUAUACGCAAAUAACAAAGACUCGUGAGUGCAUGCGAGUUAAUUUCGGUUGCUAGGUAUCGCCCGACAUUGUAUUUUGUAUAGUGUAUAUUAUGUAUUUUAGGAUGGCUGUUAGUACUGAUCACUGAAGCCUGUUUAGGAAUGUGUCGUUGC